UGAAGAAGAAGUACCGACUGCUGAUGUGGCUGCUCGAACGAGUACGUCACAUACAUUAGUCGCCUCGGAGACGCCAGUCGAAGGAGAAGAAACGUCGCCUCCUCGACAAAAUGUCGGCGCUACUACUCCUCCGGCAAGCCCCCUUGUCCCUUCACCAAAAAGGGCAAGGGUUGAAAUAAAUCCAGAGCUUACUCUUCAAUCGAGUAGCUCUUCUAACCCUCUCUUGGAUGAUCCUAUGAUCAAAGAGCUUCUUCGCAUCGGUGCCCAAUUCGUUGGGUACCGUGAUUACGCCAGCAAGACUGAAGAGAAACUGGCAGAAGCCAACGAACGUGCUGACACGCUUGCUCUAAAGUUAGAGCAAUGUGAAGAGGCUCGUAAGAAGGCCGAGUCGGAUGCGGUUGAAGCUAGGCAAGAAGCUGACAAGGUUAAGGCUGAUGCUGCUGGUGUCGAAGAUCUUCGGAAACGUCUGCAUGACGCCGAGACUUCACUAAGCGAUCACAUAACUACGCAAUCUGCUCGCGAAGCGGCGAUCACCAAACGCAUAAAGACACAAAUUCGUCGCUUUGUCGAUAGGACCUCGCAAGAAUUUGAACUUGAGGAUCCCGACAACGAUGUUCUUCUUGACGCCGUAUGUUUUGUAGCCGAGACAUUGCUCUCCUCCGAGCUUCUCUGUGACUAUCUGCCGAAGUUCCUGAAAGGCGACUUAACUCUGCUCGGCGUCUGCUUGAUGCAGAAGCUGCUUCUUUCCUCCUGUUCAAGGAUGCUAUAUGGUGGUACUUUGUGUAUUGAUUUUUCUCAAGGUUGGUGA